AUGUUCAUUCCAAUAAUCCUUGGCAGUGACAAGACUACAGUCUCCGUCACUACUGGACACAACCAAUACUGGCCAGUUUACAUGUCGAUCAGCAACAUCCACAACAACAUGCGACGUGCACACCGCAAUGGUGUUGUAUUGCUGGGCUUCCUAGCCAUCCCGACAACUGACAAGGAGUCCGCCAAAGAUGCACACUUUCGAAAAUUCUGGCAUCAGCUUCUCCACUCAUCGCUGGCAAAGAUGCUGGAAUCCCUCAAACCAAGUAUGACAACACCCGAGGUUGUAUGCUCCCCCGAUGGUCAUUUUCGACGUGCGGUAUAUGGUCUUGGACCAUAUAUUGCUGAUUAUCCUGAGCAAGCAUUGCUCGCUUGCAUCGUUCAAAACUGGUGCCCAAAUACUGUCUACUUACUACAGAUUCAUCCAGAUGUACUGCUCUGGCAGAUGGUCUUGACAAUGGUGCCUAUGGUCGGUGUUCCCACGACCAUACCAAAGUCUUGGUGGAGGAAUUCGAGUGAGCCAUUCACUAACUAUUUCCCGCGAGCCGACAUUCACAAACUCCUCUCCCCCGACAUUUUACAUCAGCUGAUAAAGGGUGCGUUCAAGGACCAUAUUGUCACCUGGGUCCACAAAUACAUUCAGGCUCGGUACUCAGAAAAUGAGGCAAACACAAUAUUAGAUGAUAUUGAUCACCGGGGCUUCAAACAAUGGACAGGAGACGAUUCCAAAGCACUUAUGAAGGUGUAUAUACCUGUGAUUGAAGGCCACAUACCUCCGGAGAUGGUGCUGACUUUGCAAGCCUUGAUUAAUUUUGUGUACAUCGUGUGGCGCAAUAUCAUCGACUCCAACAGCCUCAAUGUGUUGGAUGAUGCACUCGAGCGUUUCCACAGGCACCGCGAAAUAUUCAAAACAUCUGGUGUUCGCCCUAAUGGAUUCAACCUCCCUCGACAACACUCGCUUAUCCACUACCACAAAAUGAUCCGAUCAUUCGGCGCACCAAACAGACUCUGUUCUUCCAUCACGGAAUCUAAACAUAUCAAGGCUGUCAAGGAGCCGUGGCAACGGUCCAGGCUAAACACUCCAGUGCACAACACAGAAGCCAUUCAAGUUGGGCUUGAGGAUGAGCCUAUUGACAUUCCCCAUCUCAGACACAACAAUCAUGUGAAUGCCGACUUGGAGGCUGAUGCAGACCAAGAUGCUGAGCUCAAGGGUGACGCUGUUGCUGGACCGACAGUGAUAGCUCAUGUGGACUUGGCGAAGAAAUCUGGCAAGUGGACAUUCACCUGGUCAAAACGGAUCUACACAGACCUCCUCGCAGAUCAAAUUGGUGAACCGGAACUCACCACUCAUAUUCAGCGAUUUUUACAUCACCAGCUCCAUCAUUCUGACUCCAACUCAGAAGCCUCCGAGUCUGGCACUGGCUCGUCCAGUGCCCUUCCUGAACAUUACGAAAAACUCACUCUAUAUACAUCUGCCAUUGCCACCUUCUUCGCUCCAAGUGAUGUCUCAGGCAUUGGUGGUAUGUGCUAUGAGCGAAUUCAUGCCGUGGAUACCUGGAGGAACGGCCCUGGUCGAUAUGACUGUGUUUUCAUUAGUACUGAUCCCACUGUUGAGGGCAUGCGUGGCUUCGAUAUCGCUCAAGUAAGGCUUUUCUUUUCAUUUAAACACAAUGGUGUACAUUACCCUUGUGCAUUUGUGCAUUGGUUCAAACACAUGCACGACUCACCAGAUGAGAACACAGGAAUGUGGGUAGUAGAACCUGAAACCCACGAGGAUGGGACAUGA